CAGGGAUGGGGUGGCUUCUGAAACCUGGGAAAGGCCCAGAGCCCGCCACACACACACCCGCCUUCAGCAUGAACACAGCCUGUACUGGCUGCCCAGGGACACGCAUGCGGACACCAGACCUGAACAGUUAUCACUUGAGUUGUUCCCUGCCGCUAGGUUUGUGGUCAUUCAUGACAGCAGCAGGAGGGGACAAAUCCCCCCCGCCCCUCCUAGGGAAGUACCCGGAGCAGUGAUCAGGUUGGGGCAACUGGUGUAGCUGUCAUCGCAAGAUUUAUGGUGUCUUUGUGGCAGGAAGGUUUAGCAGCCUCUCUGUUAGCUGUUUUGAAAUACACUGUGGAUUGUUGUCAGCCAUGGUUACUCUUGUGCGCUGCAGAAAUAAGAGUUCGUGCUUCUGUCCAGCAGCACCGCUGCACUCUACACAUGCACACGCACACACACACACUCGCUCAUGCACAUGCACGCACACGCACGCACACAUGCACACGCACACGCACGCCGCUGGUAGCUGCUCUGCUGUUUCCGGAGAUCAGCUUGUUCCGCUCCCUCUGUGGGUGAGGUCAAGUCCCACUUGUCUUUCUGUGUCUGGCUCCUACUAAAGCCAGGGGCCUCCGUUUCCAUCCAACAGGAUUUCAUCCUUUUUGUGGCCAAAUAAUAUUCCACUGUGCCUCUACCCGGUGUUUUGCUUUACCAAGUGGUCUUCAGGAACACUUAGGUGAGCACCCCAUCUUGACUGUGGUCAGUAGUAACAGUGAACGCAGGGCCGUGGGUGACUGCUUGAUGUAAGGGUCUCAUUUCCUUUGGAUGAAUACUGAGUAUCAUGAUCAUCGUAUCACGCGGUGGCUCUUUUUCUAGCUUUUUGACAGAUCUCCAUCCUGUUCUCCUAAUCACUGUGCUCAUUUACAUCCCACCUGGGUGGGGAAGAGCAAGGCCCGGUUCCUGUGCAGCCUGCCUAUUCUCCUAUCAGCGCAAAGGGGCCCAAGGAAGGCUUCAUCCUUCUGCCUAGAGAAAGUCGUCUCUGGCUCCGGGGGGCUGGGGGCAGCAGACCUCCUGGGAGCCAGGCAAGACUGAUGCUUUUAUCACUAACAGGUGUCAAUUGGCAAAAGACCAGCACCCCAGUUUCUCCUGACAGUCAGGCUCUCCUCACCCGGAUAUUCCACCAUUGUAUCUGGACAGCAAGUGGAGGAUAGGGUGAGAUGGCCGCGUAGUGCAGUCCUUCCAGGGUGCCAGGACCACGCGGUGGGGCUGGAGGCCCUCUGCGCAACCGGGCUCGCUCCUCUUCCCUUGGGAACAGGAGGCCAGGAAGCGGCCGCUCCUCCUCCUCCUCAGGACCCCUGACCAGCGGAGUUGGGCUCGGGGUGGACGGUCAGCCCUCGGUUCUGGUUCUGGUGUGGGGGGCAGCAAGGCUGGCGCCGGCUCCCGAGUUUGCACCCCGCUUGCAUCCAGCCCUCCUAGGCCGGCGGGGCCCUGUGGCUAACCCAGAGUGACUCCGCAUGACCAGGUGGAGAUGCUUCCUCACUGUUACGAUCCCUCUUCCUUUCCAGGGCUUCAGGACCGGGAGGCACAGGUCUGCGUUGCCAUCUCAUGUGACAGUCUUGUUAGGAUACCCGUGGCCCCACUCAGAAACCACCGGUAUCUGGAGGCGGAGACGGGUUCAAGUCCCAGGUCCCUGCGUCCCCGUGGGUGAGCGUGGCAGGUCCCCUCCCGAGACGGGUCCCGCUUUUCCUCUUGCAGAAUGAGGAUAACACCCAGCCUGCGAAACCUGAGGGAAGGUAAAAGUGACGUAGGUAAAGAAUACGGGCAAUUAUAAGCACUCGACCGGUAGCUGUAUUUAUUUCUGCCCAAGAAAACUGAGAGGGGGCGUAGCAGCCGGUAGACUUGGAACUGAGAUGUCUCCACAGCUCCCCCUGGCCGCAGGCCUGAGACGUCUCUCGGGGACUCUCCGAUCGCCCCACCCGACCGCCCAGCUGUGCACAUCUGGAGACCGCGCCUGGCCGGAGCUCCCCAGCCGCGUCUCCAGCAGGUCCCGUCCUGGCCGGAUCUCCCGCGCAGAGGGCCUAGAGACCGCGUCUUCGUGGAGAUGCUGCGGGCGCGCGAUGCUUGGCAGCUGCGCACCCCGAAAGUGCAGCCUGGCUCUGCCGGCUGGGACCGCGGCGCGGAGGCGUCGGAGAGGGGCUGGCGUGCAGCCCGCGGCGGUUCAGACCCGGCCAAGGCGCCCGGUGCGGGCCCAGGCGACUCCGUCGGGUUGCGGGGCUCCCGGGACACCGCCCAGCACCGCGAGGGCCGGGCAGCUGCGUCCGACACCACCUCCACCCGGACUCAGCUCCUUGGCCGCAGGCUUGCAGGUCACUUUUCGUGGGGUUUUCUUUGCAGCCACACCGCCCUCAUGCACGCCAUGCUCGAGCAGCGCUCUCCCUGGAACAUGAGGAGGGUAGGAACAGGAGCACAGCCCCAUUCCGGGGGUUCAUUUCCGGGGGAGGAUGCAGUACCGGUUUCAAAUGGCCUCCAACAAGGCAGUGGCCUAGCACUGCUUCCUUUUUGAACUUUAUAGCCCAGAACAAUUAAGACCAUAGGUCUCUGCCACAGGAAACAGGAAGGCCAGGCUUUCUCCUCUGAGCCGCUGGCAUUGUUGUGUUGUCUUUCACUACGUAGGAAAGGCCUUAAGGAGAACUGGAUUUACAGCUUGGCUGUGGUCAGAAGGAACCUGAACUGGCAUUGGUUAUACACAGUCAAAUCACAGAACGAAGUAAGUUCAACACAACUUCAAAGAGCUGUUUUAUGCCAUCUUUUUCAACUGUCCAAACAAAAUCGUUCUACCAUUUAAGUUGAUUUUUUACAUUAUUACCUAUGGAUAGCAUCCAACAGAUACUUUCUUUAGAAAACAAACAACACACAGGACAUAGAGGCGCUCUCUUGGAGCAGGUGUGGACAGGUGACAGCAUCAAGCUCAGUGGCUGGUCAGGCUCAGGCUUUGGCCUAGAGUUUGUGAGUCUCCUCUGCUAUCAGCAUUGCAUCGGGGGAAGAGCAGGGUUUGCCUCAGUGGUCCCUGGGAGCCUCGGUGUUCUCCUGCGGAGAAUGGAAAUAAUAAUCACAUGAGCUUCACAGCGCACCAUGGAGCCCGCGCAGCAGGUGGCACACGGCCUCCCUGCCUGGUCUUCCAGCCCACCUGCAGUGGGCAUCCUUAUCACGAGGACAAGCCCAGGUCUGGAAAUCCCAACGACACAUUUACUUUGUUCUCAUUGUCGAUCUAAAGUGAAUAGUUCUCAUUGGAACAAACAGUUCAAACAAAUCUGUACAGCUUGGAGGGUUGGCUCAUUAUUUAUAGGUAUUUCACACAUGCCCUGUGAUUGUGGAGGCGUGUGGUAUUUGGGAGUCAAAGCGUGGAAAUUACUACCGGACUUCUCCAGGUUCCCCUUCUCUAAUCCCAGGCCCCGGAGGAACUCAGCACUGUGUCCCCGCAGCCUCGCGUUCAGGAUUUUGUAGGGAUCAGGUUAGUAUGUAAGCGCAUCUGCUCUUGCUUAGCAGCAAUAUGACAAGCAGCUAUUGGAAUGACUCUUCUGAGAUAUUUUCCAUGUUGUCCUUCGCUUGCUUUUUUAGAGGCUUAUGAAAUCAAUUCCUGCUUGAGUUGCCUGCAGAUGAGUUUUAUCCUUCUGAUUGUCGGGAAACAAAAACUGUGCAGUCCAACACCAUCAGCUUUUGCUUUGCCUGCCAGAAGACAUAUAAUCAGUUUAUUGCCACGUGUCCCGUUCAUUUCAUUUCAGUGCCUAGAGGCUCCCCCUGCCUGGGGUCCCUCAACAAGGCCUGCAGGACAGUGGCUGUUAAUUGCUCGUCUCACACCCUGUUUUCAGCUGGAGUCUUUGUAGAGUAAGAGUGGGAGGCAGCAUGACUUUUAAACCUCAAAGGACAGAAACAAAUUCACUUAAUUCGAUGUUAUUAUCACCAGCAAAAACUAUGGGAUCUGCACUGUAAGCGAAUGUGAACAGAUUAUUGUAGGGAUAGUUAAAAUUUCUGUUCAGGAAUGAAAAUGUUAAAAACUCACCAAUCCCAUAGGUGUGUGACAGCAAAGGUGUCACACCGUGGAGUCAGCCUGCCUGGCUGUGAAUCUUAGUGUCCCUUUGCACGAGGUGUAGAGCCUUGGGCAAGUUAUUUACCUUCUCAAAACUCCAGGUUCAUUAUCUCCAAAGUACAGAUAAAAAGCUUUGAAAAUCCAUGAGACACUUAAGUGCAGUAAACCUCCAUAAAUACCAGAUUUCUCUCUUUCCACUCCUUUUCUCUCAUGUGUGCUAACAGUAUUCCUGACAGUUAUCAAAAGCCCAAUAUUCGAAUACUGAACAGUAGGUUUACGUGCUCUGAGGCACAAUGGGUUAUGGUCCCAAAAUGCUGAAGAUUGGAAAAUCCUUAAUUUUACUGUCUCUAGUGAUUGCCUUAUUCAAAUUCCAGCAAUCUAGGUCAUGCGACAUUCUUUAACAGGCACAAAUGGCCGGGUGGAGCAGCUGUGGUCAUGGGACCUGGGCUCAAGGCUUGGUGACUCAAGGUGUGGGAGGUGAACCACCACCUCCCUGACUUCCAAAACGGCUGCUGAAGGAAUGGUUGGCCUACUCUUUCCCACACGCUCACCCUCCUACAGUGACCAGCAGUCCCACCAAGGCCUGGCAGGAAGACACCAGCUUGAGCUGAUGAUCCUACCCGGCGCAGCAUCUCCACACCCUGGCAGCCAAGGGAUGAGGUCACGGGUGGGGAGCCGGCGAGGACGGGGUCACCUGCUAUCUUGGAAGUCCAGCCUCAGCCUCAGCCACACGCCACCCUUGGUUUUUGCUCAUCCCAGCCCCAGCAGUAAAGCAACAACGGCAACACCUUCUCUGGGCUCAACGUGACCAGCAAUCAGAUGACACAGAGAAAACAAGCGUGUGACUUGUUCUGUUCCGCACAUGGUGCUCAGUGAUUUACAUGAGACUCUUCUUAUUCAAUGUGCUGUGUCAUGAGCAAGAAUGUAGGGAGCACGAGAGCCAGAUCUCUGAACAUUAAGUUUGAUUUAUUCUUAGUCUGUAUUUUACUUCACCACACCCUUAUUUACAGGAGUCACAGUGAUACCUGCAUCAGAUUUUUAAAAUAUCUGGUCAUGUGUAUUUUAAAAUACUCUAAAAAUAUUAUAAAAACCGUUAUAAGAAGGGCUUUCCCACUGAGCAGGUACACUAACCAGUGUGGUACCUACAUAAUCUGUGACUCUUGAGCUCUGAAAAGAUGGCUAUAGCUACCGUGACUCCAGAUUUCUUACUUUAUCUAAUGUAAUGAAUUUACUUUAAAAACUGACGUAGGAGAAGGGAAAGCAGAAAGGAUCACGAUGCAAUUUGUGUAUGUACCAGUUCCCCGCAAUGAUGCAUUUGUUAUGUAUCACAAUGCAUACAUUUCACUCAAACUGUUUCUCAUGUAGGGUGUUCCUGUGUUACAGUGUGUACCUGUGUGUCGGGACAUGCAUUGCUUCUAGUGUUACAUGUAAACAUGCCACUGAUCUAGUCCCUGUUCACAUAUUGAUUCAGCAUGUGUGAUUCUUUUGCUGUCUAAUGAUGUCACAUUAUAAUGUGUUUCUUUGAAUAUUUGAGGCAGACAGUAUAAGUUACCCAUACAAAUCAUAACUGGUAAUGAGAUAAAAAUCUCAUUUUAAUUGCAAAAUACCUAAAUUAUCUUUCUAGUUAAAAAUAAGUAUAGACCAAUUUUUAAAUCAGCAAUGAAAACGUUUUACCGAGGCCAAAUUGUAUAGAAGUGCAAAUGUUAGUUCUAUGACAGGAACCCUCUUAUAGUAUUGGUGGGAUUGUUGUACAACUGGUACAACCACUAUAGAAAUCAGUAUGAAGAGUCCCCAAAAAACUAAAACUAGAAAUGCCAUUCGACCCAGCUAUACCUCUUUUGGUUAUCUUCCUGAAAGAACAAAGGCCAUAUUCCAGUGAUAUGUGCAUACUCAAAUUUAUAGCAGCACAAUUUACAGUAGCUAAAUUAUGGAAGGAAACUCUAUGCCCAUUAACAGAUAAAUAAAGAAAACGUGAUCUACUACCUAGCCAUAAAGAAAGAUAAAUAUGAGUCAUUGGCAGAAAAAUAGAUGGAGCUUGAGCCCAUAAUGGUAGAGAAACUUACUUAUUUACUUUGGUACCAGUAACCUAACUCAGGACCUUGUGCUUGCCAGGCAGGCGCUGUGCCACUGAACUACAUCCUCAGCCCCAACAGACCAUAGUAGUAAGUGAAAUAAAUCAGACAUAGAGCGUCAAUUGAAUCCUUUCUCAAUAGGAUAUGAGAAACCCAAAAUAUAAGUAUUCAAAGAGCAAGAUAAAAGACUGAUGGGAGGAAACAGUGAUGUAGACUUUGUGGAAAUGGGAAGGGGAUCUGAGGGACUGGAAAGAGGAAGGGCAGGGCGAGGAGAGUAGAAAUGAUCAAGAUGUGACGUGUGUAUACUAACUCUCGGGGAUGAACGCAUUAUGUAUCACAGAUAGGUAGACAGCAAUUGGAAGAAGAUAUGUUGUAAGAUCCACAACAAAUCGCAGUUGCCCUUCACUGAGAUGGAACCCAAUGAGAAAGCUGACUACUGUUAUGUAAUUUGUUUAAAGAUAAUGAAGUGCGCUGUAUUAAGAGAUAUUGGCAAAUUCACAGUGAAUUUGAUAAAUUUUCUCUCAACCUCCCAAAAAGAAUGGAUGAAAAUACUUGAAAUUAAAAUUGACUAUCUAAGAAGAAAAAAAUUAAGAUUUUUUUUUAUUUUAAAAAUUGAAGACUUUUACCAGAGUCCCGGUUAUCUCUUUAGGGUAUUAACUUACUGCGAUUCUCACACACAUGUAUGCUUGCACACAUAUUCUUAGGUGGAAAGCUAGUAGAAGAAAUUAUUAUUUUCAUUACAGAAAUUUUGUCAUGAAUUUAUGAGGAAAAGUAUAAAAAUUAUAUCUCACAAAAAGUAGCAACUGCAAGUAGUUACCAACACAAUAGCUUAAAAAAUGCAAGACCUUAACAAUAACAAAAUCAACUAACUUGAAUUUUGAAAAACUGCAAGUUUUCAUUUUAAAUUUUUAAUUUCUUUUUGCUUUAGGAGAGUCAGGAAAUAUAAAAUACACUGCCCAAUUAGUAAUUUGGGUAUGUUUUGUCCCAGAACACUUUUUAAUUUACAAAGAAAUACUGUUUAUUCGUGACCUAAAAUGUCAAACUCAUGGUAUAGGUAUUUUGUCAGUCCUUUACGUCUGUCAGAGAGGAAUUUUGGAUAGGUAUUUAAACAUUAGUUUCUAACACAAUGAACAGUUUUCUAACUAUGUUAGGCCAAAAAUCCAGAUUUAUUGGUAUUCUUUUUAAAGACUGAUGGAUGUUUCCUUUAUUUCUUUGUUUCACUGUAUGAUGCAGCUUAAAAAUAUUUAUGUUCAAUUUUCUAAAGCCAAUUCCAUGAGACAUGUCCUGGAUACUGUUGCUAAGAUCACUCAGUGUAUACAUGCAAAUGCAAUGCAUCGCUGUAAGUUUAUGGAUCUGUUGAAAGAAAUAGAAGACAGUGAAUUUAAUGGCUUCAUGACUUCUUUGCCAAGGUUCUUUGCUUGAAUUAGGGAAGAGUUUUACAAAGAUUUACUCCACUGCCAACUCCAAUUCAAGAUUGUUUUGAAAAUAAAGAAUAUUGAGCCGGGUGUGGGGGAGUGCAUGUACAUAACGCCAGCACUCAGGAAGCUGAGACAGGAGGAUCACCUUGACUUCAAGGCCGGCCUGGGAUACACAGUG